AUGGAUGUGUUGAAGCUGGGUUAUGAACUGGACCAGCUGUCGGAUCUGGUCGAAGAAAGAACAAGACUAGUGUCGGUGUUGAACCUCGCCCCAACUUCAAAUGAUAACGUUGUUUUGAAACAGCAAUUGAGCUCUGUACUGGAGUCGUUACAGAAAUAUGCCCCUGAUGAUACAUUGAUAUCCCGAUACAAUACCAUACUGGACAGAAUCUGUGAUACAGCGGUUGACAAGGAGUUGUACAGGUUCCGAAAGGCAGCGGUCAGUAAUACUGAUGAGGUAUCCAAAGACUCUUUGAAAAAAGUACGGUUUAAGAGCGAUGAUGAGCUUACCGUCAUGUAUAAGGAUGACGAUGAACAAGACGAGGAGUUGCUGCCGGCGCCUUCCACGCAUGCUCCAUACAAGGAUGAGCCAUUGCAGUCGCAGCCACAACCGCAGCCACAGCUACAGCCGAUGGUCUCCAAUCAAGAACUAUUUAUCGACCAGCAGCAGCAGCUAUUAGAGCAGGAUUCUCACUUGGAUACGUUGUCUCAGUCUAUUGGGAGGACCCAUGGCAUUUCCAUGGACCUCAAUGAUGAGAUCACUUCCCAGAACGACUCGCUGCUGGUGGAUUUGGAAAAUCUGAUCGAUAAUAAUGGUAGGAAUUUGAACAGGGCUUCUCGGUCUAUGCAUGGCUUUAACAAUUCUAGGUUUAAGGAUAACGGCAAUUGCUUAAUUAUUCUUGUGCUGAUAGUGAUACUUUUGUUACUUCUACUGGUGCUGUAA